AUGGGUAUAAACACGUACCUGGCGGCGCAUUAUCUUCAAUACGAGUUACCGGAUGAGGUGCUACUCACGAUAUUCAACUAUCUCAUGGAGCAAGAUCUAUGCCGAGUGUCGCAAGUUUGUAAACGUUUCCAAGCAAUUGCGAACGACACGGAGCUAUGGAAGUCCCUGUAUCAGCAGGUUUAUGAGUACGAUCUGCCAUUGUUUAAUCCAGCGCCCUGUAAAUUUGAGUUUGUAUCGCCGGACGAGUCCGAGUACCAGAAUCCGUGGAAGGAGAGUUUCAGGCAGCUAUACAGAGGCGUGCACGUACGGCCUGGUUUUCAGGACUUGAAGUUUAAGGGCCGUAAUCUUCCAUACUUUAACACAGUCCAGGGCGCGUUAGACUACGUCGACGAGUACAGAAGCAACAGCAGCGCCUCGGCGAACAGUAGCGCUACAGCUGCGGGCGGGCAGGGAUGCUGCAACAGCAAUUCGCAGACGAAUGGAGAAGACACAUCGCCGCAACAUUUGGUAUUUUUGCACGCCGGCACAUACAGAGGCGAAUUUCUCGUGAUAGACAGUGAUGUAGCGCUGAUUGGCGCCGCACCGGGCAACGUCGCAGAAUCUGUCAUUCUGGAACGUGAGAGCGAGUCUACAGUCAUGUUUGUGGAAGGCGCGAAACGCGCUUACGCCGGUCAUCUCACGUUGAAAUUCACGCCUGAUGUCACGAGCACGGUGCCCCAUCACAAACAUUACUGUCUGGAGGUUGGUGAGAACUGCAGUCCCACCGUCGAUCAUUGUAUUAUCAGAAGCUCGAGUGUUGUUGGUGCAGCGGUCUGCGUAUCAGGCGUGGGUGCCAAUCCGUUAGUAAAGAAUUGCGACAUAUCGGAUUGCGAGAAUGUUGGAUUAUACGUAACCGAUUAUGCACAAGGCACGUAUGAGGAUAACGAGAUCUCACGAAACGCUCUCGCCGGUAUCUGGGUGAAGAAUUAUGCGAAUCCCAUUAUGCGACGAAAUCAUAUCCAUCAUGGUCGAGAUGUAGGAAUAUUUACAUUUGAUAACGGACUUGGUUACUUCGAAGCUAACGAUAUUCACAACAAUCGGAUAGCGGGUUUCGAAGUAAAAGCCGGUGCUAAUCCUACUGUUGUUCACUGCGAGAUCCAUCAUGGCCAGACCGGUGGUAUAUACGUUCACGAAAAUGGCCUCGGACAAUUCAUCGACAACAAGAUCCAUUCGAAUAAUUUUGCUGGCGUAUGGAUUACGUCCAACUCGAACCCGACUAUACGUCGAAACGAGAUAUAUAAUGGCCAUCAAGGUGGAGUGUAUAUAUUCGGCGAAGGUAGAGGUUUGAUCGAGCAUAACAACAUCUAUGGUAAUGCAUUAGCUGGCAUACAAAUCAGAACAAAUUCGGAUCCGAUCGUUCGGCACAAUAAAAUUCACCACGGCCAGCAUGGUGGUAUUUACGUGCACGAGAAAGGACAGGGUCUGAUAGAGGAGAAUGAAGUGUAUGCGAAUACUUUGGCAGGUGUAUGGAUCACGACAGGUUCGACACCAGUUUUAAGGCGAAAUCGCAUUCAUAGUGGCAAGCAGGUCGGCGUAUAUUUUUAUGAUAACGGCCAUGGGAAACUGGAGGACAAUGAUAUUUUUAAUCAUUUAUAUUCGGGAGUACAAAUAAGGACUGGCAGUAAUCCGGUAAUACGCGGUAAUAAGAUAUGGGGAGGACAAAACGGUGGCGUUCUUGUGUAUAAUAGUGGCUUAGGCUUACUCGAACAAAAUGAGAUUUUCGAUAAUGCAAUGGCCGGCGUUUGGAUUAAAACAGAUAGCAAUCCAACUCUUAAAAGGAACAAAAUAUUUGACGGACGAGACGGAGGAAUCUGUAUAUUUAACGGGGGCAAAGGUGUUUUGGAGGAGAACGAUAUAUUUCGCAAUGCGCAAGCGGGUGUGCUUAUAUCUACGCAAUCGCAGCCUAUCCUGAGGAGGAACCGAAUAUUCGAUGGUUUGGCAGCCGGCGUCGAAAUAACUAACAAUGCCACCGCCACCCUGGAAUUCAAUCAAAUAUUCAAUAAUCGAUUCGGCGGUCUAUGUCUAGCGAGCGGGGUGCAACCAACGACUAGAGGCAAUAAAAUAUUCAAUAACCAAGACGCAGUGGAGAAAGCGGUUGGAAAUGGUCAGUGUUUAUACAAAAUCUCUUCAUACACUUCCUUCCCGAUGCACGAUUUUUACCGUUGUCAAACGUGCAACACGACGGAUCGGAACGCGAUAUGCGUUAACUGUAUAAAAACUUGUCACGCUGGCCAUGAUGUAGAAUUCAUCAGACACGAUCGAUUCUUUUGCGAUUGCGGUGCCGGAACAUUGAGCAAUCAGUGUCAACUGCAGGGUGAACCUACACAAGAUACGGAUACAUUGUACGAUAGUGCGGCACCUAUGGAAUCGCAUACACUUAUGGUCAACUAGGAACUAACCUAAAGUAAUUUAAACAAUCAAACAAUGUUUAGAUUCGUAAGUCCAGUAAUAUUGCGAGCACAGCGCAGUAAAUCCGUUGCCGAGUUCUUUAUUACAUUCUUUACUUCAUAUUCUCGUCAUUAUAUCAUAAUUGUUAUUCUUUAAACAAAGAAUUCUAUUUAUUGCGAGGAUAUUUUGUUUUUAUUGUUAAUAUGUGAUAUAUUAUGGCGAAAUCUGAGUAUGUGUGGAUAGUAUUACUUCUUAAUGAUAUUAUAAUAUUCUCGUUUAUUUUUCUUAGAUUUUCGAGAUUGCCGAUCUUGUACCCCGUGUAUUGCCCGUGACUUGAACUUUUUUUCUCUUUUCUUUUUUAUUUCCUUUUUAUAUUGGCGCUUGUUACAUUAUGUAUAUCAUGCGGAUAAUACAAUAAUGUGUGUACGAUUAGAUCAUUUACUCGUUAAUUUAUACACAUCUUAUUCUGAGCAUUUAAUCAAGUCAGUUAUCUUUCAUCUGCUAUUAAAAUUAUUAGAUAAUAAUUUCGAUUUAUAUUAUAUAUUAUUCGGUUUAUCUUAUAUUAAUUUUAUUGCGAGUGUUGUUUCAUUUGGAUUGGUUCUUGUUAAAGAUUUUUAAAAAGAAUAAUUGUUUCUUUCUGUGGUCCAAACUAAUGAAGAACUCGGCAAUUGAUCGCCAAGAAGCGGUAGUAAUAAAAUAACAAGAAAAGCCCUCAUGUGUAAAACACACAGUAUAAUAUUAGAUAUAUCAAAUUAAUUUAAAUGUUUAAACGAGGGAAAUACUAGGAUAAUCGUAAACCAAACUUUUCACGCGAUCCUUUUUAUCGAGGUUCUGAAAUCUCUAAAAUAUUCAUAUAACAAGAGUGCUGUAAAAAAACAAAAGGAAGAAAAGAAACCUGUGUAUACGCCAUAAUGAUACUUGGUGUCUCGAAAUAUGCUCGAACUGCUUAAAACUUUAAGCCCCGAUAACAUAGAUAAGACGAAUGUAAGUUCGCACAGUGUGAAAUGUAUCCGGAAUGUAAAUUGUGUAUAUCGAACGCGAAGCCGUACGCUGAGAGUAGAUAAUACAAUUAUGUUAUUUACUCUCGAGCAGAAAAGCAUUAAUCCGUAAUAAAAAGAAUCAACAUAAAUAUAAAUAUAAAUAAAAUUUGCACUCGGCACAGUUAAUAAAAAAAGAACUUAAUCCAGUGUAUAAAAAAGGAUGCAAACAGUGCGUGUAUUGAGUGCCACGCUUGGAAUUGCAAAACUGAAAACGUUGAAUCAUUUCACGCAAGAAGAAAGAAAGAUAAAGGAUCGUAAACCAAAUGGAUCACGGAAUGUCAUUUUUACAUGCUAUUAAGUGCAAUUUCGUUAAUAUACGAUCUAACGAAUCCACGUGGUACAAAUCUCGAGAAGAAAGAAAAAGAGGAACCAAGAGGCCGGCAAACCAACAUGAAGAUCUGAUACACCGGAACAAAUGUCUAAAAUAUGUGAUAUACAAAACUCACAGGUGGAAUAAUCAAAAUAAAAAUAAACGUGCUGCUAAUUUUUCGACGUAAACAUACCUCGUAAUUAACGCAUAACGAUUUCGAUUAGUCGCGAUGAUGAAUUAUGUGAUGGUCCUAAGUUGCCCUACGCGGGCGAAGUGCAUAAUAAGAACGGGAUAAUAAAAAAAGAAACGAAAUUAAAAUCAUAAAGGAAAAGAGUGAAAGAAAGGUGUGCAGACGUGGAAAUGUUACGUCGGUGUAUACCAGUGAAAAAGAAAAGAAAACGGAAGCAGUUAAGCGCUUGAAAUAGAUGAUGUACUGUCCGAGGAACAGUUUUUAAAAAAUAAUCUCGAAUUUUUCAGAGUAAUCAGAUUUUUUUAAUUAUUACGUUAGUGGAUAAAAGAAAUCUAAUUACCUUAUUGUAAUAUGUAAUUUUUCCGGGAGCGGCGCGCGCGCUCCCGUGCGAGAAAAGGAAGCGCCUAUUAGCGAUAUAAUUUUAGACCGAAAUCACCUUUAUUUACGCAAAUGGUAUACAUAUAUAGAUAAGUAGAGAAGAGCGAACUGCCAAUGAGGCAUCAUUAUUGCGAAUUUUGUUCGAAAUUUCGAAACAACAUAAUUCGUUACUCUAUGUGUAUAUGGUAUCUUUUGUAUGUCGUAUACGGCAAGGAGACGCAUGAAAAUUGCCUUUCAGCUUAUCGACUCAGGAGGAUAGCAUAUUAGAUGUAUACAUACAUGUAUAUAUACGUAUAUAUGUAUACAUAUUUACAUAAUAUAUGUAUACGUAUGAUCAUAUAUAUAUAUGUACAUAUACACGAUCAUGCAUGCAUAUACGCAAAUACACAUACACAUAUGGUAUGUAUAUGUUCACAAAUAGUACUGAAUGGGAGGAGAUGUUAUCAAAGUGAAAGGCACUUUUCACGUGUGUGUCACAUUAAAUUUAAAAAAGAAAAUCGGGCAAAAAUAAGAUUGUAUAUCGAAUCUUUGGGUUCUUGAGUGAUAUAUUGUAUGGUCUGUUGUUUUGUUUAAUAAUUGUUCAUUUGAUGAAUUUCGUGGAUCUUUUCUUGUUCGACACUUCAAGCGGAGGAACUGCAGAAGAAUGCGGCGAUGCAACGGAUGGCACAGCACGCGAUUGUGUAUAUUGCAGUUACACGUAAUCGGGUUCGCCUUUCUGGUUUUCCUUCUUUCAGUUGGAAUUAUCGAUCAGAGUUUACGCCGCUCUCUAAAUUGGACGUGCGAUGUAGAAAUUUAUCAAAUUAUUUGCCGGGCUGUAUAAAUUAUCGAUUGAAUUAGAACACUGGAUACUCUGCGUUA